GUGAGAUAAAUGUGAAAAAUUUGCAAAUGUGAAGAAUUUAUAUCAAGGUCUAUCAAUGAUUUUUUAACAGAUAUUUUUGAAAGAUUUUUUCUUAACUCAAUUGUUGUCUCAAACGCAAAUUUCGAUGAAACGCAGUAAGAUGUUUUAAGAUAGGAUGUUAUUUGAUUCUUCAAAGUUAAAAAGCGGAGUUACAUCUUCAGCAGAUUAGUGAAGAGAGAACAUUUGUCAACCUCUUAUUGAAGUUGGAGCAUUAAAAUUAAAUUAAAUCAGGGAUUCUUUUUAAGUUACAGAAAAACCGUCACGAUACUGCCUUAAAGCCAUGGGUUCAACUUAUGAGGAGAUGAUGAAGAACUCAGAAUAUUUACCUUUUCAACUCGGUUACUUAACUGCCGAGAUGAGAGAGAAAGCCAAAAGAGAUCUGAAUGAAAAGGAGGACACGCGUUCUUCGUUCAUUGAAGAACUUCGGGAAUUAAUUCUUAAUGAAAAGAAUCUGAAAUGCCGCACUGAUGACGAGUUCCUCUUGCAGUUUUUGAGAUCUAGAAAAUUCAACGUAAAGAAAUCUUUUGCCUGUCUGAAGAAAUUGUACAACAUUUUUGGUGACUCAUACUCGGACGUCUUUGCCGAUCAUAAUGUCAGCAGCACCAGGGAAGCUCUCCAAAGUGGAUUUGGCUCUCAUCUUCCCUAUAGAGAUGAAGAAGGAACUGCAGUACUGCUAGUUAAAACAAGCAACUGGGACACAAACAAAUAUGACACUAUCGGCAUUUUCAAUUCUAUUACUGCCAUGGUGAUGAAAGCUAUCGAUGACCCUGCAACUCAAGUGUGCGGAGUCCACUUGCUGAUUGAUGUCAGCGGAAUGUCCCUCCAACACGUUCGCUGUCUGACUGCCAGAUACUUGUAUCUGGUUUCUCAAGGAGUGCAGAAUACUAUACCAAUCAGAUAUAAAGCCAUCCACAUUUUCAACGCAUCUGUUGUUUUUCGUUACAUUUGGGCUGUUUUGAAACUUUUCCUGACGGAUAAAAUAAGAAACCGGAUAUAUUUUCAUAACGACAACAAGAGUUUGCAGAAACUUAUUCCUAAAGCCAUCUUACCUACCGAAUACGGAGGAGACAAUACCGAAUUUGAUCCGGCUGUCUGGAGUUCCAGGGAACUUGGAAUGUUUCUGCCCAAAUACCUCAAAAUAAUUAAUCAUUGCAGUAUCAAUAAUUAAAUCAAAGAAUUACAAAUAAAAACCUUAGGUUGAGUAUUAUCGAAAGCAUACUACGAGUGCUAUUCAAUGAAGAAUGAUCUUAGCUUUGUAAAGGUAAUUAAAAAUAUCAAGAAAAGUUCAAUUAAUAUCAUACAUGUAGUGAGAUAAGUGAAGAAUACAUGACGCAGGUGUUACAGUUAUGACGUCACUGCUGUUGUCUUGGCAACCGGCCAAGAACGUAUUGUUUCACUUUCGCCUACUAUAAACAGAUAUGACACAUUACAAAAGCCGAGAAAUUUUGUUUUUUACCGUGAAAUUUACCUUACACAAAUUAUCAACUGAAGACCAUGUGCGAUGUUACAGGAAAGUUAUGGUGAAUCUAUCUUUACUUAUAGCACAUUCAGAAGAUUUUUCAAAGCCAGAUGUUUCGAAAACUGUAUCAGAUUCGAAAAGAAUUUUUUUCUAUUCUACGAUUUCCAGUUGUCAUGAAAUGACCUCUUGAAUCUUCAUUUGAUUAUUUUUCAAUUAUUUAGAGAUAAUAAGAUAAUAUUUUAUUACUAUAAGAUGUAUCGGUUCUAAUCUAAGUUACCUCGAAAAUAUUUCAGAAUUAUUUUCAUUAAUAUACUUAAAAGUUUAAAAAAAAUAUUACUGCUUGUUCGUCAGCAUGUUACUUAAUGCCUUCUUUAUGGUAUUGUGAAAGUAUUGUUGAUCUCUCCCCCCUAAUACUCCAAUAUUUCAUCCCUCCGAAAAUUUAUUCUCAUAUUGAAAUUCUCUUUGUGAAGAACUGCCUCUCAUUAAGUAUUAUUAUUUAAAUCUUUUCUCUUAUCUUAUGGAAGCCUAAACGUCAUUCUAAAUUUAUUUAAUUCUCAUUCAGUGGUCCAAAGUUUUAUUGAAUCAGUUAAACAUAAUUGAUAACUUUCCUCCUGUUGCCAUUCCUUAUAACUGAAUAUCCAUGAAUGUGAUUUCAGUGUGUUUGGAUAAACUGAUAUACUUAAGUAGUAUCGAGUUUUCAUUUCAAGAAUUGAAAAUCCAUGCAACAAUAUUCUGGUUUUGAACCGAAUUUAUAUUCUUUGAACGAAACUCUUUUUUUAUGGUCCAAAGAUAUGUAGAAAUGAAUUCUGCAGCUUGACAGGAAUGAUCUUAAAAUUUUUUAAAACAAAUUUUCCAAGAGGCAUGUUAAAUUUUCUUUCUGAUUCAAAAAUAUUCGAAAAAGAUCCAUACAAAGCAUUUUACAAUAUUGUAAAAAUGAUAUUUGGGAAUAUAUUUCUAAUUUAAACCAAUAAAAUAUCUAUCUGUUUGUGGCUACCUAAUUUUUAGAGCUGUGAGAUUUUACCAUCUUUAGCAUUACCAUCCCAAUGUUUUAAGAUAGUCCAUAAUCACGUGAUACACCUUAAAUGCACUGUGGCAUCACGCACUGUGCGGCAUGAACCGAUAGGAUUUGCCAUUAGCGUAGUAGUACAUAUUCUAGUUGAAUGUUAAGUGGCAACUGUUAUGAGCAACUGAUCUACAUAGGGGAUUAGGCCCUCUUAUCUUUCUCGACUCGGCAUUUUUAUCCAAAUUGUGGACAAACUUAAGAAAAUAAUCGAAGAAAUAAUCGAACUUAAUAUUCUGUUUUGUUCAUUAUCGAAGUUUACAUAAAUAUGAUUACCUUAAUGAUUGAAUUUAAAAAGAAUAAGGAACAUUUUUAUUUCUCAUGGUGGUGUUUCCAAAUAAUAUUUUAUUGACUUUGAAUUAUUAUAUUUUAUAUAUAUUAUAUUAUUUAUAUUAUUAUUUUAUGUAUAAUUAUAUUUUUUUUAAAUCAUUUAUUUAUUGAAAAGAAAUCAACAAAUUUGGAAUAGUGGCUCUAUAUUUGCCGCUUAUGGAAAAUGUACUUCAU